AUGUCCAGCAGCAGCGGCAGGUUUUCCGGGUGCAGUACCCCGGUGCACCAGCGGGCGGGGCGGCAGCGGGAGGUCGGGCCGGGCCGCGCCGCAUCGCGUCGCGUCGCUCUGACUCCGGGUUCGGGCCGGGCGCCUCUCCGGAAGCGUUGGGGAGAGACACAAAUCCGGAUUAAAAUUAACCGGGUCGGGUCAACGGCCCCGGAGCGGGAAUUGGGGCCGUGGGGUGAGGAUGAUGAACCGCUUUGCACACUGAAGCCACCACCAGACACAACUGGCAUUACCAGAAGAAUGGUGGACUGUGAUAGCAACCGCGAUUCCACAUUCCAGAGCUCGUGCUGCUCUGUGAACAACAGCAUGAGAGAUGAUUGCAACAAUCAUGGGCAGUACUCCCAGACUGUGUUUGAGGAGUUGCAAGGCUAUGAUGUAGAGUUUGACCCGCCACUGGAAAACAAAUACGAGUGUCCAAUCUGUUUGAUGGCAUUAAGGGAAGCUGUCCAAACCCCUUGUGGGCACAGGUUUUGCAGAGUCUGCAUUGUGAAAUCUAUUAGGGAUGCCGGGCACAAGUGUCCAGUGGACAAUGAGAUGUUGUUGGAAGCCCAACUUUUCCCAGAUAACUUUGCAAAACGAGAAAUUCUUUCUCUGACAAUCAAAUGUCCUAACAAGGGCUGUUACCAGAAAAUGGAACUGCGACAUUUGGAGGAUCACCAGGAGCUGUGUGAAUACGCCGUUGUCAACUGUCCGCAAUGUGUGUCUGUACUCUGGCGAAAGGAACUGCAGGCGCACAUGGAGUCGGACUGUCCCAAGAGGCCUGUUGCUUGCGAGAAUUGUGCUAUGUUGAUGCCCUAUCAGGAGAAAAAGGAUCAUGAUCAAAGUUGUCCAUUGGCCAAUAUCACAUGUGAAUACUGCAACAUGGAGCUCAUUAGGGAACAGAUGCCGAACCAUUAUAACCUGGAUUGCCCAAAAGCCCCUGUUCCCUGCACUUUCAGUACUUUUGGUUGCCCAGAAAAGAUGCAGAGAAAUGAUCUGGCGAUGCAUCUGCAGGACUACACACAGGCCCACAUGCGGAUGAUGGCCCAGACUCUGCGCAGCGUAAGCAUAGGACUAACUUCUCAGAUGUCUUGCAUUGACACACUGAACCCUGAGGUUGACUUCCAGCCAGCAGUGCUCCCAGGGCUGCUUCAGGCCUCCCACUCCCACAUGCAGCCGUCUCCGCCGCCACCCUCGGCAUCCUCGGUGUCCUGUGACUGUUCGCCCCUGGUUCAGAACCUGAAGGAGACUGUCCAGCAGCUGGAGGGACGCCUGGUCCGGCAGGACCAUCAGAUCCGCGAGCUGGCUGCCAAGAUGGAAACGCAGAGCAACCAGAUGGGGGAGUUGAAGCGCAGUGCCCGCAUGUUGGAGGAGCGCCUGGGUGAGUUGGAGGCUCAGCAGUGCAACGGGAUUUUUAUCUGGAAGGUGGAAAACUUCAGUGUUCACCUGCUGGCGCAGGCGGAGGACCAACCCGUGGUGCUCCACAGCCCUGGCUUCUACACGGGCAAGCCGGGCUACAAGCUGUGCCUCCGCCUGCAUCUGCAGACGCCCAGUGCCCAGCGUUGCUCCAAUUACAUCUCACUCUUUGUGCACACCAUGCAGGGCGAGUACGACAGCUACCUGCCCUGGCCCUUCCAGGGCACCAUCCGGCUCUCCAUCCUCGACCAGUCUGAGGGCCCCAUCAAGUUGAACCAUGAGGAGGUCAUGGAGAGCAAGCCCGAGUUGCUGGCGUUCCAGCGGCCCGCCCUGCAACGCAACCCCAAAGGCUUCGGCUACGUCACCUUCCUGCACCUUAAGGCCCUCAGUCAGCGCACAUACGUGAAGGACGACGUGCUGCUUGUCCGCUGUGAGGUGGUGACCCGGAUGGACCAGAACUGGGCAAGGAAAGAUGACUUCCAGCCUCGCUCGGCAGAGGGUGGCCUGUGACCACUGGCUGGAGCCACCCUGCCCUUCAGUGACAUUGCUUUAACUGGGACAGAACUGGAAUUUGUAUAACGCAGCCAAGUAGCCACAUUACCUUACAAAGGGAGAUGAUGAUAUACUUCCGACAGACAUUGGUGUUGAAAACAAAAUGGCUCAUAUUCUGAAUGCUGGGAAUCACUGGUUAUAAUGCUUGUAUCACCGUGAUAGCUACAGAUAGGCUGCUCACUUCGAAUUGAUGGUACCUGGUGUUUAUUAUUCACUGUAUUUUAUACAUAAUUUUAUUUUUAUAAAAUUUUAUUGAAGAUUCAUACGGAUUAGGAGAAUCACAAGGCCACUCUGCCUCUCGAGCCUGCUUUGCCAUUCAAUUAGAUUGUAGCUAAUCUGAUUGUAACCUCAACCCUAUGUUCCCAACUAUCUCUAGUAACCUUUCACCCCCUUGCUUUAUCAAGAAUCCAUCUACCUCUGCCUUAAAUAUAUUCAAAGAAUCUGCUUCUAUGGCCCUUCGUGGAAGGGAGUUCCAAAGAUGCAUGACCAUCAGGAUGAGAGAAUUCACCUCAUCAAUCUUAUUUUUAAACAGUGAUCCCUAGUUCUAGAUUCUCUCACAAGAGAAAACCUCUUCUCCACAACCAUCCUGAUAAGAUCUUUCACGAGUUUAUAUUCUUCAGUCAAGUCCUCUCUCGCUCUUCUAAACAACAGCAAAUACAAACCUAGACCAUCCAGUCUUUCCUUGAGAUAACCUGCCCACUCCAGGUAUCAAUCUGGUAGACCUUCUGAACUGCUUCCAAUAUAUUCGUAUCAUACCUCACAAAAGGAAACCAACUGAACACAGAAUCAAGAUGUGCUCUCAUAAGUGCCAUAUGUAAUUGAGGCAUAACCUCCCUACUUUUGUAUUCAGUUCCACCAGCAAUAAAAAAAAUCCGUUCACUUUCCUAAUUAUUUGCUUAACCUGCAUACUAGCCUUCAACGAAUCAUGCACAAGGAUAUCCAGAUCCCUCUGCAGUCUCUCACCAUUUAGUUCUUUUAAAUUUUUUCUGUCAAAGUGGAUAAUUUCACAUUUUCCCCACAUUGUACUCCUUUUGCCAGAUCAGUUCCCACUCACUUACCUAUUUCUCUUUGCAGCCUCCUCAGGUAAUGGGUGUGUGCUUGGCAUCACUGUGAUUAAGCUGAUUUUGAGUCUAAUUUAUCAGAUGUUAUUUGUGUUUUGUGUAACAAAAAUGAAAGUAUAUUUUUUUAUGACCAUUAAGGUAAGCGAUGUUAAUGCUGGGGAGGAGUAAAUGUGCAUGCAGUACAUUUCUUAUUGGAAUGAGCAGUCAUGAUCUUAUCUGCUUUCUGCUCUGACCAAAACUGACACCUUGUCCCUCUCCAGUUUAUAAGAAACGUGCCAGUUUUUGGGUCCUAUGCACCUUAAGAUCCAUGUCAAGCUGUUGAGAUGAGGCAGUUGUUAUUGAGCCCGUUCACCUUCCUGAUUUCUUGAGGUUUUUAUUUCCUCCAUCCAAUAAUUUUCCCUUCUCUUGAAAGCUUUGAAAGCUUCUCUCCUGGCUUAGUUCCAGUGGCUGUGCUAAGUAACUGUUCUUCAGUUUUUCAAUUCAUUCAUUUUUCGUGAAGCAGUCAUUGCUGGUAAGGCCAGAAUUGAUUGCCUCUUCCUGAUUUGCCUUUGAAGGUAGUGGUCAUGUGAGCCAAUGUGGUGAAAACUGGGUAAUUAAUGAUGGAGGAGAUGUGGCUGACCUGUAUUAUGAGGUUUCUCAGCCUUCUGCCUAACCCUACCCGCUACCCCUCCCCCUUCUUCGCCCCCCCCCCCCCCCCCCCCCACCAAUCCACCAAUAUCUAAGCAAUGAGUGCUGAAUCUGGUUCAUUUCCCUGCUUCCCACCCCUCCCAACUCUCAGAAUGCCUUUAGUUGCUGCUGAAAUGGAAUAACUAUGCUAAAGCUUUGAGAUGUUCCCUAACUUUCCUUGAUGACCUUGGAAGAACUGGCAUUACUCAAGGAGGAACAUCAAAGUACUCUUGAUUGGCAUCACUUCUGGCUGACCCUAUCAUCUGUUUCAUUUUGAUAUUUACCAGAGCCACUACGUGUUAAUUGUUAGCCACACUUACCUGCAUUUCAACAGUGACAACUCGUCAAGAAUACUUAAUUGGCUGUGAAAUGCCUUUAGGGUGUAAAACGUGCUUCCUAGUCCUAGCCUUUCCUACAGGUGAAAAAUACUCUGCGAAAGUGGUCUAAGUCGAAAGAGAGCUUUUUUUUAUUAUAAAUAGUCAAAAAAUCUACGAUGAAACAAAGGAAGCAGAAUAGACACAGCUGCCCCACUAACCCAUGCAAGUUAAAAGGGUUCCAGUUGAUACUCUGGUCUGUCCUAAGUUCGUUGGGCAGAAGAUACAAUGCAACAAUUGCCCUGACACUGCUGGGCUGAGGCAGAAACAGAUCACCAGUGAUCCUAUUUCUUUGCCUGAUAGCAAAGUUUGGUUGAGGUGGCUAUUGUCCACAAGGCAGUGAUUUAUCUGGGAUUCACUGCACUGUUGAGUGACCUUAACAAUGCCUUGGGUGAAAUGCUGGAUGGCAUUUGCCACACAUGGAACAGCAAGAAGUGAAAGACAAGUAUCAGUUUCUCAAACAGUUGAGUUUUCAAUUAUUUCUUUUGGUGCACUGACCAAAAGCAUUAUUUAAAGCCCAAAUCCUCAAAUGACAAUGAGUAGUUUAUCUGUUUUUGGUGUUUGAUUCCUGGCUAGUAACGUGAGGCCUCGGAGAGAAAGAAAAAAGUUAUUACAAACUGCAACAAAACUGUACGAUGAAUCUUGUGCUUUUGUGUCCAUCCUCUGUUAGACUAUUCUUAGUUGAAGAUCAUUGGUCAAACCCUACUCCAGAGAUUUCACAUAAUUUGGGCCAACCUUGGUGCUCUACUGAGGAAGUGCUUCCAAACAGGCUUGCACUACCAGAUGUGACUAGACGAUCCAUCCCAUGGCUUUAUUCAGCGAAGAAGGUGAAGUUUGCCAGUGGUAUGGUUAACUUGCAUUCUUCAACCACAUAUAAAUGACCAGAUAAUAUUUCUGUUCAUUGCAGUCUGAGUGCAAAUUAUUUUGUUUGCCUACAAUAGAGUGGUUGUGAAGUGCUUUGGGACACCACAACGAGUCCUAUAUAACUCCGUUUGUUAUUACGUUAAUGCCCUGCAAACUGAAGAAUCCAAAAUGCUGGAGGAACUCAGCAGAUCAGGCAGCAUCUAUGGAGGGAAAUCCCUUACCUGACUCUGAUAUCAGCAUGCCUUGAAUUACAAACUGAAAACCUUUGUUCUGGUAUCCCUAGCUAUUCACCCUGAACCUCCAGAAAAAUCUCCUUACACCUUUUGGGAUGUAGUGGAAUGCCAGGCAUUAGACUUCCUUUCAUUGCUGACUGUUAAAACAAUGAAUGAUAACUAACCAAUUGUAAUAUAACAUACUCAUUUAUGGUGGCUCUGUACACUCAAAGGAAAAUAAUGGUAUAGAAUUCCAACAAUAAUUUUAUGUAGUUAUGCAACUUUAACACUGUAAUAAUUGUUUAUACCUUCUGCAAGUGUUUUGAUUAUUCAUCAUUUUCCCCUUCACAAUUUAACAACUCUUAAUGUAGAACAAUAUAUUUUGUGAUAAUCGAAACAGGACCUGGAAGUUCUUUUCUGUGCAUGUUAUUAUUGAAAUAGACAUCUUAUCAUUUGUAAGCAAUUUGUUUUCAGUAUUAACACCGCUGUUACAUUUGUAGUUGCUCAUGAUAUCUGCACGUGUUGCUGUAACAGGGUUUCCCAUUUGUAACCAAGUCUUUUGUCAUAUUUUCCAAGGCUGACACUUGUGCCUCCCAAAAAUAUUGUGUACUUCAAAUAUCUGUGUAAUUCUCAUCUCUGUCCACUGGGUGGUGUAAAUUUCCUUCUGCUGAAAGAGCCACAUUUUUUUCUCCUGCCCAAAAUUUAGGAGUUGAAUUUUUUUUAAUUAAAAGGUACAGGCUUUACAAGAACAUGGUUGAAAAGGUUCAUUGUUUGGCAUUUUUGUUUUAAAGCCCUUCAUUAUAGAUCUUACUUGAAGGUCUCAGCCUCUUCCAAAAGCCAGGCUGUGGCAGGAGGAUUUCAGAGGGGGUUAGUGAAGGAUGUGAAAGCACUAUUGGAAGAUGAGAGAUGAAGAAACUGGGGACAUAAAGGAUUGGAAAGAUUUAAAAGGGAACCUAAGGGGCAACUUUUUCACACAGAGAGUGGUGGAUAUAUGUUAUCAGCUGUCAGAGGAAGCUGUAGAGGCUGGUACAAUUACAACAUUUAAACAAUAUUUGGACACGUACAUGGAUAGGAAAGGUUUAGAGGGAUAUGGGCCCAAUACAGGCAAAUGAGACUAGCUGAGGUAGGCACCUUGGUCGGCGUAGAUGAGUUGCGCUGAAGGGCCUGUUUCCGUAUUGUAAAACUCUGACUCUUAAUAUUUAGGGGAACAGGGGCAGGAGCUUUCAAGAAGCAGUUGAGGGCCAUGUAUUCCCCAAAGUGUCUCUCAUCUUUGCCGGCUUUCGCUCGCUAACCCACCUCUAUUUGAAACUAAAAUUAGAGAUGGUCAACCUUUGCAUUUCACAUCAAUGACAAUAGCUUAUUUAUCCUGACUGCUUUCCAUAAGGAACCAAAAUGAGCGAAGUGCCAUUCUUGAGCUUUGUGGCUUUCUGGACAGCUAAAUGAGAAAGGUGGCCAACAGUGCCUGUAGUUGACCAAAUCAUAGUUUGUGUCAGAACUGACUGGUUGAUUGUGUAAGUUACUAGCCAAGUGGAUCUCAUUGAAAAAUGCUUGUCUGGGGAAGUUGUGAAUUCAGAGCUCCUCGUGCAUUCCCCCAUUUACACCACCACCUAAGUGGUUUUAAAUUCCUUUAUUUACCACAUUGCUGCCCAACUGCCCACACAUAAUUCUGUCAUUUAAUCUUUCUGAACUCUAUUUCUCCUCUCCCCACCUCCAUUGUAUCUUAAAUCCCAUUUAGAUUUUAACUGUUCCCAGAUCUGAAGAAAGGUUGAUGACUGACCUGACUCAAUUGAACAUGAUCUUAGCACAUCUAAACAGUGUUGGACACUAAGUUACAUUGUCACCUUGUCACUCUACAUGCAUGUAAAUCCCUUUUGGAAAUGUGCACGUGUCUCUGACCAGUUUUCACUUCAUAUUUAAAACUCCUAAUAAAAGUGAAACCAUUUAAAGAGUAUUCUGUUCAUGAUUAGCACUACACAAAAAAUGUUAGCAUAUUUGCUGUGUUUUUCAGAAAGCGAAAGCUAAUUUUCCAUAUUGUCUAACAAAAAUGGAAUUAUUAAUCAAAUUAUAUUUCAAAUUUAAUGAGUGAUACGGCAGUGAAAACAGGCCAUUUGGUCCAUUGAGACCCAGCAACCAUUAAAUACCCAUUUACACUAAUCUCAUUUUAUUCUCCACACAUUCCCAUCAACCACUCUAGAUUAAUGUCAUUGGUCCUGAUAAAAUGGGCAACAUACAGUGCAAUCUUAAGUCUAGCACACUUUCAACUUAAUUUUUUUUCUUGUUUAACAAAAUAUUAAGUUGAUCACCUGGAUGGGUUCUGUCUUGGGAAAAGAGGAUAUUAAUCUCCAUCCACUCCCCUGCCUUGUGUUCCUGCAGCACCACAGGCAUCCACAUGCUGUGGCUUGGCUUUCCGUGACUCAGUAGUUCAUGUUUUGAUCAUUGGGAAUUCCAGCAUGUGGUUUGCAGGAUCUCUCCUCAUGCCUUCGGAGCCAUCAUUUAUGUAAUUGCUGAAUAUGAGUCAGUAACUUAAGUCUUUGCCAAGGUCUCAAUUCUUGAAGAUGGAAAUUUAGGUAAUGUGAGGAGCAAACACACCAAUCACAGGAAGUUGUGUCACAGGCUAGUGAGAUCAUACAUAAACCCUAGUGCUUGGUUUGCUUUAUUUGCACAGGAAUAUAGUAGAAAAUGGAGGAAUAGCAAAAAAGAACUGCAGAUGCUAGAAAUAUGAAACAAAAAAAAUGUUGGAAAUUCUUAGGUCGGGUGGAUCUGUGGAGAGAGAAAAUGGAGUUCAUGUUUCAGACUGAUGACCUUUCAGCAGUUCAGAUGGAAAGUAAUGCUAAGCCUGUACUCAACCUUGGUUAGAUUACACUUGGGUUACUGCAUACAGUUUUGGUUGUCUUGUCAUAAAAAGGAAAUUGAUGCACUGAAGGGUCUACGGCGUAGAUGUACAAAGCUGGUACCAGAAAUGGGAGUGUAUAUAAUCGGGAAAAGUUGAAGAGUUGAGAAAAGAAUGCUGAAGGGUGACCUAAUUAAUGUUUUUAAAGUUAUGAAAUGUUUUGAUAGAGAAGGUACAGAAAGGAUGCACUUGUGAAGAGAAUACCUAGAUGUCACCAAUGUAAGAUAAACACCAAAAAUCCAACAGGGAAUUCGGAAGAAACGUCUUCACCUAAAGAGCACUGGGAAUAUGGAGUUUGACUUCUGCUGGGAGUGGUUGAAGCAAAUUGUAUGGAUGCAUUCAAGGGGAGGCUGAUGGAUUUAUAUGAGAAAAGUCAAAAGGAAGCUUAAAGAUCAUAAAUGCCAGCAUGGAUUGGUUGGGCUAAAUGGCCUGUGUCACAUUAAUUUUAUGUAAUCCUAUGCCUGUAGCAGUGAUUCUUCUCUAAUACAGAAUAAGGAUGGCUUAUGUUGGAUUACUCUCUGUAUUAAAGGGUCCCUGUUGUGUUCUUGGGUAAAUUUGGGUCUAUAGACUGGAUGUGGCUUGAUUUCUUCUAUGAGCCUGUAUUAAGCACCACAGAUGCUGCUGGAUUAUCAUUUGUAAUGUUUUUAACGGCAUAGUUGAAACUUUAACCCCAAAUGAAAGGAAUUCAUCUCUGUGCUUUAAUAAAGGAAAAAC